GCCAUUCCUCCAGGCAUCUUUCUAGAGGAGGCGUUGGUUAGGCCUAUGCUACUUUUGCUCUGUGUUGCUGUACCGGAGGGGUUUGAGUCGAACCUUACCCCAAAUUUUUCACCUGUGACGCUAGGACUGAUGAUGCGGUCAUGAUAGAGCAGUAGGACACAGUUAUCAAGUCACAAGAACGCACAAGGAGUACAGGCAAUAUGUUUAUAUCUGUGAAAAUCCUUCAGGGUGAAGAAUGCACAAUAGAGGUAAGUGGGGUAUCCGCGAGUUCUUCCAUCAGUGCAGUGAAGCAUCUUGUAGCCCAACAACUGCAAAUUCCCGUAGACCAGCAGCGCCUAGUGUUCAGAGGCAAAACACUCUCAGAUAGCCUAUCACUGGGGGACUACAACAUUGUCGAAGGGAACAGGCUGCACUUAUUUGUUCUCAAGGCAGCUGACAGCGCCACAGUCGUGUGGGACCAAAUGCGCAAAUUCUUGCUGUCCCAAUUCUCGCAUGAGGAUGCUGAGAAAGUGUUAGAAGAAUAUAAAAAGGAAUUCUCCCAAUCUGUUUCCUGCCUGAGCCUCGAUGACAUAGAAAGAUGGGCCAGCAGCAUUCUGGGAACAACCUCCACAACUACUUCCACCUCUGGCGAUGCAGCGUCCAGACCUCCGCCAGGUCGAGACAGUGGUAGCUCGCUGUUGGUUCUCAGCAACAAUGAAGCCUCCUAACAAUGCUACAAGACCUCCUCUCUUGCUCCUCUUUCUGCCUCCUCUCUCUCUUUCUUUUGUGUGGCACUCGCAUGCUCAUUUCAUCUGUUUAAACCAGGGACACACACAUUGCAAAUGAUCCAUCCACACCACGUGAUGAGCUCUUCCUACUAUCUGGCUCCUAAAUGGCCAGGAGCACAAGUGGCAUGAAGCGCAUUAUUGCAAUUUUGUGUGUCCAGCGCGGGUGGUGCCAUUUGCCAUCUCUUUGUACUGGUGCCUCAGGUGGUCUGCCACUGGCAGCAGCUGCGACAAGUCGAUGUUUGAAAUAAAAAGUGCUACAAGCACUCAUCGUUAUAUGCUUUGGUUUCGCUGCAUGCAACAGCUCUGACAAACAUAUUUCUUUUGUACGAGUAACAGUUUGCUUCACAAAGCUCUGUUUUGCUCCCCACUCUCUCCUUUUUUUUCUGGAUUUUUCACCAUUACAUUUGUCUGUCGCAUUAGGUUUGGUCAGAGAGGAAUGCACAAUCAAGGUUGUUGCUGCAUUGGCCCACCACCUCUUGGCUUUUGUGUGUGUCGGAUGCUGUUAGCAUUCUUAAAAUAUGGAAUACAGUGAGACUGGACCGAGCGCUUACUGGCCCAUUUGUCGUUAUUUCGUAUACUCUCUUUACCAUCACAAAAUGCGCAUGUGUGAGUAUUGAGUCCUUGUGUUUUGUCCUGUUACCAGUUUUUCCUUGUGCUGUGUCUAUACCACAGCUUGUGGAGAGAAGAUAGCGUCGAGUGGCCAUAGCAAGCUAUGUAGAAAUACGGCGAAGGAUGCAGUGUGUGUUGAAAUGUGGAAUGGUGAGGUGUUUUUUGUCAACGUGAGUGGCGGGAUUCUGAAAGCUGUGCUUGGGGUCCUGAGGACUGCAGGGAGAUAAACAAGUGCCAGUUUCUGUGCUACAAAGGAGACAAUUUGCCGGUGCAAGCAAGGAUGGUCACUGUGGAAAGAGUCUAUGUGCGUGGUACCAAGAUUCGUGCGGUGUAGUGGUCUGUGUCUUGCAGCGAAAGCCGAGUGAAGUCUGCAAUUUACCGCUGCCGGUGGCACACUACUCUGUAUUUAAGAACCGUUAUUUUUCUUUUGUUAUACCCUUGCCCAAGAUGAGAAACGCUUCUCUUUUGUACAUACAGUUGUGUUGAACUUAUCACAUGUGACCCAAUGCCCACUUGUAUUUUUCAAAGGUCUAACGUGCAGGCAUGAUUUGUUGGGUGGUUUUUAAGAAUGGUUACUCUCGCACAUGUAGUUUCUGUACUGUGUGGACACUUUGCAACAUUGUUUAUUCUUCAUUCAGUUGAGCUGCCUAUGUGUCCACUUCUAAUAUAAACAAAAUGGGAGGCUAUUUCUCGCUGCAUAUUCUGGAGGGAGCUGAAAAAGUUCCUCCUAUUUAUUUUUCAAUAUCCCGUGAAUGCAGUGUCAUUAUUCUGGCCCUCAUUACUGCAGACUUUUGUCAGCCCUGUUGACAAAAGCAUAUACUGUUUACAAAGACUGGUUUAGCCUCACCAGAUCUUGGAAAGACAUACUUGAGAAAGGUUCUACCUAGCAAAAUAUUAGCACAAGUCAGCUGGGCAGUGGUUUGUUGACAGAACAUUGUGUCAACCAUUGUUUUUAGCACAUGCAUCUUUAUUGUGCAGUGGCAUCAGCCAUUUUUUUAUCUGGCAUAUUUUCAGUUCAGGCAGCGAUUCUCAUUAUGCGAAAGAAUUCUGCCCUGCUGCCUUGACUUCUACACAAGUACUCUUGUAAUGAGGUUCCCACAUAGCCAAUAAAGUUUUUUUUUUGUGCUAUAAUUUGUGUCAGC